AGCCGAUCUUGGCAUCAUCCCCACUGUCGGAGGCCGACAGGAGCAAAUGUUCCUAUUAGCUUCCCUUCCUCCUCGCAACUGCGAGAAGUACAGACACUGGCCAGAGCUGCCCUCAGGGUUUGAUACUAGACCCGCUAAAUCAAGCGCUAGAACAUCGAUCUCUGUCAUGGCUAGUGAAGAUGUGCCCUGAAACCCACCAAAGCAUUUUCUGAGACCUCCAAACACCCAUUAAAUGCGGUCGCUUUUUAUGCACUACUGAUUUUGGCUACAUCACCACCUGUGAAUGAAAGGUGAGACUCUGUCUCCAAUUCACUUUAGCUGUCUAGUCUUGCUCAAAUAGAAUUUUAAAAAAAAGUUAUCCCAUUUGUGAUAUGUCUUAGCAGAAAUGACUCUUGUUAGGUUAGCAGUACUCCCAAAUGCAAAAUCUCCAUUUAACCUCCAAGUAACAUUUUUUCUUUGUACUAGUGAACUACAGCAGUACCCGGAAGAAACUCUCAACAUUAUCAAAGCUACGUUUUCAGGUGCUGUCAUUGGCUGGAUGUAUGGAGGUUUGCCAGCUUUUCUUCAUGCAAAGAGACAAUAUAUUGAGCGGAGCCAUGCGGAGGUUUAUUACAACCGUCUGGAUGCUGUGCAAUCUGCACAGCAAGCAGCAAUCAGGGGAUUCAUCCGUUAUGGCUGGCGCUGGAGCUGGAGAAUUGCUGCUUUUGUGGCAAUAUUCAACACUGUGAGCACUGGUCUGUCCGUGUAUCGCAAUAAAACCACCUGUAGUCACUUUGCAGCGGCAGGCGCCUUUACAGGAGGCGUUUUCAGAAUACACUUGGGCCUAAGCAAGAUGGUAGCUGGCAGUGUCUUCGGAGCAAUAUUCGGCAUCCCUACGGGAGGGCUUUUGAUGGCAAUGCAGAAGCUCUCUGGUGAGACCAUACAGGAGAAAAGAACACGUGAGAGAAGAUUGCUGCAUGAACAGAAGUUAGCAGAGUGGAAAGCUAAUCUUCAUGUUGCUGAGGUUGACUUAGAAGAAAUUGUCACUAACACUCAGGAAGGAACCACAGAGAGAGAUAUUGAGAAGAUUGCUAAAGCUUCCCAAGAACCCUCUACCAUCAGAAGAUAGGAACCAGUCUGAGAUCUGACUUCAGUCAAGGCAACUUGAAAGACUGGCCUGACUCCAUUUCUGCAGUCAUUAUUUGAUGACAAUAUUGUGGUUAUGCACCAUGACGGAGGGAGAGUUGUAGAUCUUCAGGCUGAGUGAUGGCCAGAGCUGCAUUUUGGUGGGCAUGGGGACAGCGACAUAACUAUUGAGGCUUCACUUGAAUGCCUCCCUGGCCAUAUCUUAAGACAGUAUAUAUGGAGAAGGGGGUUAUGCCAUGGUUGUAUGUGGCAAUGUAGCAGGAUUAAGGAGCUACCACUCUCCCAAAGAAACCUGUAAUGACAUUUUUAUUAUUUGAAAACAGAAUUCAGUUUUAAUCAAACUAGCUGUACUGACAGCACCAGAGUCCUGCCUGUUCUCUGACCAGAUGCAGCAUUCAUGCUAGUUCCCACCAUGCUAUUUCUUUAGUGUACUUCAGCAUGGCUCCAGUGUUACAGGGAUGUUUGGUGACUGCAGUCCACUCAGGCUUCAGGUGUUUUUCAGAAAUAAUGGUUCUCCGUUUUCCAAAUGAGGUUGGUGAGAGUAUCAAGGUCCCAAAGUCAGUCCUAGAGAAGGACACACCUUGGAUUUCUGAAAAGCCGGGGGACCUUUUUUGAGAGGGACGGUGCUGCAGCAAGGCUGACGGUGUGUCGGCUGGAUUGUUUGGUAUUAUGGAAACAUCUUUAACAGAACAUUGUGAGUGUAUUUAGUUACAAAUCAUAGGACCCUUUUGGAAGAAAACUAUUGGAAAUGGCAUUUAAAAGACAUAACCACUAAA